GCGGCCGCGGCGGCGGCGGCCCAGGAGCGGCGCCGGGAGCAGCUGCGGCGCUGGGAGGAGGCGGUGGCGGCGGCGGCGGCCGCGAACCCUCCGGUACCGGCGGGGCCGCCGCGGCCCCCGCAGGUCCGCUUCGAGCGCGCGGCCGAGUUCCGAGCGGUGUGCGCAGGCGCGGAGCUGGCGGAGGCGCGCGCCAUGGUGCGCGCGGGGGGGCGCGCGCUGCUGGGCGGGGCCAACGCCGACGGCAUCAGCGCGCUGCACCAGGCCUGCAUCGACGAGAACAUGGAGGUGGUGCAGUUCCUGGUGGAGAGCGGGGCCGACGUCAACCAGGCCGACAACGAGGGCUGGACCCCCCUGCACGUGGCCGCCGCCUGCGGCUGCCGCCACAUCGCCCAGUACCUCCUGGAGCACGGGGCGGACGCGGCGGCCGUGACGAGCGACCUGGAGCUGCCGCUGGAGGUGGCCGAGGACGAAGGGCUGGAGGAGCUGCUGAGGGCGGAGCUGGAGCGCAGGGGCGUGGACAUCGUGGCCGCCAAGCGUGCGGAGGAGGAGCGGAUGCUGCGGGACACGCGGCUCUGGCUGGACUCGGGGCAGCUCCGGGACUGCCCCCACCCGGCCACCGGGGCCAGCGCCCUGCACGUGGCGGCCGCCAAGGGCUACAUCGAGGUCAUGAGGCUGCUGCUGGCGGCCGGGUACGACCCCGACGUGCGGGACAAGGACGGGUGGACCCCCCUGCACGCGGCGGCGCACUGGGGGGUGGAGGAGGCCUGUCGGCUGCUGGCCGAGCACCUGUGCGACAUGGCCCCCAGGAACAACGUGGGCCAGCGCCCCUGUGACCUGGCGGACGAGGAGACCCUUCCCCUGCUGGAGGAGCUGCAGCGGCGCCAGCACCACCUGCGCAGCCAGAAGGACCGAGGCUCCUCCCCGCCGGACCCUGACGGAGCCCCCAGCCUGCUGGGGGGCAAACACCGACGAGCUCCGUGUCGCCGCAGCUUCCGGGAGAAGCUCUCGGUGCAGGACCAGGCCAAGGAGAGUGCAGACCCUCCCUCCCCAGACCCUCCUGCAGCACCGCCAGCCAAAAACCACGCCCUCAAUGGCCCCUCCCUGCACGGGUCGGGCAGUUUGGGGGCCUUGCCCACCCUCCGAGGCCACGCCCCCGCCAAGGCCACGCCCCCGUGCGCCGCUCCGCCUCCCUCCCCGCGCCUGCAGGCCCCCGCCCACCGUUUCGGGCCCCACGUGCCCCUCCCCAGCGCCCCCGGCCCCCGCCAGCGCCGGACCCGGGGCCCCCGGAGCCGCCGAGCCCGGCCGCGUAGAUCGGAGCUGAAGGCAGCGGAGCAGGUGAUUGGCCGCGCCGGGGAGGGGCGGGGCCCCGAGCAGCCAAUCAGAGACGAGGGGAGGCGGGACCCAGCGGGCCCCGCGGCCCCCCGACCCCCCGUGCAAGUGAACAAAGGUGGGUGCCCCCGGGCUCAGAGACCCAACGGACCCCAGGGCCUCCUCCCACAAAGCCGCCCCCAGCCCCCAAUGGGCUGCGACCCCCAGCUCAGCCCUGCCUUCGACUACCAGCAGCUGUUCCAGGAGCUUUGGGUGGAGAACGAGCGGAUUCGGGAGCAGCUGCAGGAGGCGGAGCUGGCGCUGACCCAGACCCGCCUGGAGCUCGAGAGGGUCACCCAGCGCCAGGAGCGCGGCGCGGGCCCGGCCCGGCUGGAGCUGGAGAGAUUCGAGCGCCGGGCGCUGGAGCUGAAGGCGGCUGAGCUGGAGGAGGAGCUGAAGGCUCUGUCGGAUCUCCGGCCGGCCAACCAGCGGCUCGAGGACGAGAAGCAGGCGCUGAUCCGGGUCAUCAGCAAACUGUCCAAGUGA